UCAUCCUGUCAAUGACAACGAUAAAAAAAACGUAACUGCAAAAAAACAUUGACAGCACUAUCCGAAUUAACAUCAACCUCCCGUCCUUGAUAUUAUCUCCAUAAAUCUGAAAUGAUCCCAACACAAGUGGUUCGCCCUGAGAUUCCCUAAACAUUAAAAAUGGACAUCACAUUCGACGACCGAUUAAGUGCCUUACAACAAAUAAGCCAAAGGAAAUUCGUGGAAGUGUUAGGAUCAAUCUCAGGAAAAAAAGAUCUGAUAAUCGAGCAAAAAUUGAUGAAGCCCCUGGACUCGUUCAUUGGGGCCACAGUACUCAAGCGACAUGGAGUGGAUAAGAUAUUCAAAUUGGAACCAGGUCUGAAGCCAACGAAUACACAGAGAAUUUUUUUGACAUCCUGCGACCUGAUAUCUUGCAAACGAGUGCUGGAUCAGAUACAAUCGGAAAUCUCCCAGGCCCAGGGAUUGUCAUUUCAUAUACUAGUGACACCAAGAGUUCCUGCAGUCGUUCAUUCGUUGAUAGAGGAAGAAGGCCUGGCGAACCUGGUGAAGAUCCUUGCUCUAUCUUGGGAGCCAAUUCAAAUAGAUGGAAACGUUUUAUCCCUGGAGACCCCGAUGUUCCCAGAAUUAUAUUACCACCGGGACAGUGGUCUCCUCCCAGCCCUAGCCCGGAGUCUCUGGUCCCUGCAAAUGGUCCUCGGCUGGGCAAAAUUAACCCUGACAUUCGGUAAAUACAGCGAUCAACUCUUAAAAAUGAUGGAAACUAUGAAAGAAAGUAUGAGAUCAGCAGCAUCGGAAAGUGAGGUAGGUGGUUUGAUAAUAAUGGACAGAAGUUACGACUUUGUCUCGACACUACUGACACCAGUAUCUUACCUGGGACUUUUGAGCGAAGUUAUAUCGAUCAAUGUAUCAACAGCAGUUGUGGACAAUAUUGCCAUGAAACUAGAUCCAAAAAGGGAUGAAGUGUACGAAGAUAUUCGAGACAUACAUUUCAGCGAUGUAUUUCCCAAACUGCGAGCCAUGGCGAAGUCCCUGAAGGCAGAACAAGAAGCAACGAAGAGUAUGAAACUCGGUGACAUGGGGCGAUACGUUGCUACAAAGCUGCAGAAAACAACCGAAAUGAAAAAACAGCUGGCUACACAUAUUUCCGGCUGCGAGGCCAUCAUUGGAGCUCUCGGAUCCGACUUUGAGGCCCUACAAAGCACGGAGAAGGCAAUUCUCGAGUCAAACCGUAGAAAAGAGUGUCUGGAUUACAUUGAGAGAAAUAUUGAUGAUAAUCCAAUGAGAAGUUUGAGAUUGUUAUGUUUAAUGUCUAUUACGGGUGAUGGCGUAACGCCUAAUGAUUUCCAGAGUAUUCAGAAGUCCUAUUUGCAUGCCCAUGGCUAUGAGAAUAUUCCUCUCUUCCAUAAAUUGGAAACGACCGGUCUUUUGAGGUAUCGAAAGGAGAAUUUACUUAGAAAGCUGCCGACCUGGAGCAGGGAGUGGUCUGUUAAUGCCCAAAAAAUGAAACUUUUGCCUAAUCAGAGUAAACGGAGUGAAACGAAAGCUGUUUGCCCUAGUUACGUGUUCAGUGGAGCUUACAUACCAGCAAUAGCACAAUUUUUGAAUGUUACUUUAGCCCAUUCCACGGAUCCCAAAAGUUUCGAGGAGAUGAUUAGCCUCCCAGAGUGCAAAGUAAACUGUCCCCGGGCUGUGGUGCAACCAAAAACAUUUAUAAUUUGUAUAAUCGGCGGGAUAACGUACGGAGAAGUGUCUGCAUGUCGAUUAAUCGAAAAAUCAAUGGGAAUUCGACUUGUGAUGAUUUCGGAUUGUGUAUUGUCCGGAAAUAAAUUGAUCAAGAGUAUUCAAGACGCCUAAAUUAAUUUAAAAAAUU